CAAGGGACAGAGCCCGCUCCUCCAGGCUGGAGGGGCGGUGCGAUGAGGCGGCUUCUGGGCCAGACGUCAGCACGGAGGGUGGCGCCGCACCCCUGAGGAUCCCGGUCCACGCGGAGGAGUGGGGCUUUUCGCCGCCGCCGCCGCCCUCGGACCUCUCCCGGGAUACUUCACAUAUCCCUAGGGACGGGAGCCCGAGGGGUCCGCUCGGCCCUCUUCCUCUUCAGCUUGGGCCGCGAGCUGAAGAGCGUGGCGGGCUGAGCCGACACCCCGCUGUAGGACCGUAACCCUUAGUCCCAAUGCCUCCGUAAGCGGAGCUGAGUGGGUGCCGGUGAUUGGAGCUGUGGAGUUGGCCCCGGUGGCGAGCGCGGCCAGAACUGCGGUCACUUAAGUUUUCCGUGUGCGGGUUGCAAGGAGCGUGCGUGCGUCUGGUAUAAUUUGGCCUCCUGAGAUUCUGCAUUAGUAAGAAAGGAGUGGGAAAUACCCUUGGAAAGAAAACUAAAGCAGUAAGAAAGCCAAAACUUAUUUUUACAUGGUUGUCAGCACAUUUACCGAUAUGGACACUUUUCCCAACAAUUUUCCUCCUGGUGGAGACAGUGGAUUGACAGGUUCUCAGUCGGAGUUCCAGAAAAUGUUGAUUGAUGAAAGGUUACGAUGUGAGCAUCAUAAAGCUAAUUAUCAGACUCUGAAGGCUGAACACACAAGGUUGCAGAAUGAAUAUGCACAGUUACAAAAUGAACUCAAGCACCUGUUUAAUGAAAAGCAAACUCAGCAGGAAAAACUUCAGCUCCUGCUUGAAGAACUAAGAGGAGAAUUAGUAGAGAAAACUAAAGACUUAGAAGAAAUGAAACUGCAGAUAUUAACUCCACAAAAAUUGGAAUUGCUAAGAGCCCAAAUACAACAAGAAUUAGAAACUCCAAUGAGAGAACGUUUUAGGAAUCUAGAUGACGAGGUGGAAAAGUAUAGAGCUGUAUAUAAUAAGCUUCGCUAUGAACAUACAUUUCUCAAGUCAGAAUUUGAACACCAGAAGGAAGAGUAUGCACGUAUUUUAGAUGAAGGAAAAAUAAAAUAUGAAUCAGAGAUUGCAAGACUGGAGGAAGAUAAAGAAGAACUACGUAACCAGCUGCUUAAUGUUGAUCUCACAAAAGACAGCAAACGAGUGGAACAACUUGCUCGAGAAAAAGUCUAUUUGUGUCAAAAAUUAAAAGGUUUAGAGGCUGAAGUGGCGGAAUUAAAGGCUGAAAAGGAGAAUUCUGAGGCUCAGGUGGAAAAUGCCCAAAGAAUACAGGUGCGGCAAUUGGCUGAGAUGCAGGCUACAGUCAGAUCCCUGGAGGCUGAAAAACAAUCAGCUAAUUUACGGGCAGAACGCUUGGAAAAAGAGCUACAAUCAAGCAGUGAACAAAAUACCUUUUUAAUUAAUAAAUUGCAUAAAGCUGAACGAGAAAUAAAUACAUUAUCCAGUAAAGUAAAAGAACUUAAACAUUCAAACAAACUGGAAAUAACAGACAUCAAACUGGAGACUGCAAGAGCUAAGAGUGAGCUAGAAAGAGAAAGGAAUAAGAUUCAAAGUGAACUGGAUGGAUUACAGUCAGACAAUGAAAUUCUCAAAGCAGCUGUUGAACACCACAAAGUGCUCUUAGUAGAAAAGGAUCGUGAAUUAAUACGUAAAGUACAAGCUGCCAAAGAAGAAGGUUAUCAAAAACUUGUGGUAUUACAAGAUGAAAAGUUAGAACUCGAGAACAGAUUAGCAGAUUUGGAGAAAAUGAAAGUGGAACAUGAUGUCUGGAGGCAAUCUGAAAAGGAUCAGUAUGAAGAGAAAUUGCGGGCUUCACAGAUGGCAGAAGAGAUCACCAGGAAGGAGCUUCAGAGUGUUAGGUUAAAACUUCAACAACAAAUUGUGACUAUUGAAAAUGCAGAGAAGGAAAAAAAUGAAAAUUCUGACCUAAAACAGCAAAUCAGUAGUUUGCAGAUCCAAGUGACCUCACUUGCACAGUCAGAGAAUGACUUGCUGAAUUCAAACCAAAUGCUGAAGGAAAUGGUGGAGAGAUUAAAACAAGAAUGCCGAAAUUUUAGAAGCCAAGCUGAAAAAGCGCAACUAGAAGCUGAAAAGAUGUUGGAAGAGAAACAGAUACAGUGGUUGGAAGAAAAGCAUAAGCUUCAUGAGCGUAUCACAGACAGAGAAGAAAAGUGCAAUCAAGCUAAGGAGAAACUGCAGCGAGCUGCAAUUGCCCAGAAAAAGAGAAAAUCUCUUCAUGAAAACAAAUUGAAAAGACUACAAGAGAAAGUAGAAGUCUUGGAGGCAAAGAAAGAAGAAUUGGAAACAGAAAAUCAGGUCUUAAAUAGGUCUCUAUCACAUGCCAGGUGUUUGCCUUAUGGUUGGGACUAACAGAAAAUGUCACUGGCUUUGGUAGCAAGGAGUGGUGUUAGUUGUUGCUGCUGAAACAAGACAGUUGUAGCUAUUGCAUAGUUCUGAAAAUUGUGCCUACAACUUUGAAUCAAAGGUCAGUUUUGGUUUCCUGGUGUGGAGAUAUUAUUGAGCUGUAGUUUCGGGUUUCGCAGUCACAUCCAAGCACAUCUGAUAAUCAGGAUCAUCAGCAUUUUUAAAGCAGAGAUUUGUCAUAUUAAGUUGUUGGUAGUGGCAUUGUAUGACACAUUUGAUUCAAGUUAAGAAAAAUCUGUUUAAUUUAGUGAAUUAGUGGUAGCCUUCAGCACCUUAGCUAUUCAAGUAUAGAUUUUUCUGUAAUGGAAACUGCCUAUAAUAUCAUGCAGUGGUGUUUUAUGAUGUGCACUGGUGUUCUUGGGUGCAAUUAUUACCAAAAGGUGAACAAUUGUUUUUUAAAGAACAUUCUAGAGGUUUCUAGACUGUAGAAUUCGUGCCAGCCUUACAAUACUGUAUUCCAAAGUAGGAGGCCACCUUUAGUUUAUUAAUUUGGUAGCAGUUUGUAAAUUACAAACACGCUUGUAAUUUUGAAUUUUGUUUCAAUUCUUUUUUUUUUUUUUAAUAUGGGGUCUUCAUCUAUUGUCCAGGGUGGAGUGCAGUGGCACAAUCAUAGCUAACUGUAGCCUCGAACCCCUAGGCUUAAUCUGUUCUCCUGCCUCAGCCUCCCAAAGCACUGGGAUUACAAGCAUGAGCCACCAUUCCUGGCUCAGUCCUUCUAAAACAGAAUUCAACUUACUUCCUCUUCCAUAAACAUUAAUAUUAAAAUGUCAGCAAUUCAAGAUUGGCCAGUUGUGGUGCAGAUCAUCUAGAAUUUUGAGUGAUUUUGAAAUUAUAUUUGAUUAUUGGAUGUCAUGUCCAAAAAGAUGAUGAUCUGUGAAGGCCUGGAAAGUUAGCCUUUUUCUCCAUGUCAUUUUUUCCUAAAGUUGUGUAGCUUCACCUUUGUGAUUACCUUUUAUAUUAGGAAAAACCAGUGUUUUUCCCAUUCUCACACAGUCAGCACAACAUUUCUGACACCAGAUGUUUGGGGUUUUUUCCUGUACAUGGAGUAAUCAGUUCUCCAGUGGACAUGAGCUAGGUGUCCUAUAAUUCAGGUCUGAUACUGUCUACCUGGAUUGAGCAUCAGAUCCCACAGGUAGAGGGCUCAGUCCCACAAGACUGCCCCCCACUUCAGAAUGCAGCCAUAAGCCCCAGGUUGUAGCCCGUGCUUCUGACUGACUGGCUAAAAAUGGCUAUAAAUUGGGGUUCCCAUGACCUGCUCAUCAUGUUCAAUUAAUUUGCUAGAGCAGCUUACAGAACUCAGGGAAACUUAUGUUAACCAGCUUAUUAGAAAGGAUAUUACAAAAGAUAUAGAUGAGCAGUCAGAUGAAAGAGAUACAUAGGAAAAGGUAUGAGGAAGGGGGCGUGGAGUUUCCAUGCCCUCUCUGGGCAUGCCUGCCUGCAGACACCUCCACAUGUUGAGCAACCCAGAAGCUCUCUGACCACAUGCUUUUGGGUUUUUAUGGCGGCUUCAUUACAUAGGCAUGAUUGAUUACAUCAUUGGCCAUUGGUGAUCAACUCAACCUUUAGUCCUUUACCUUCCCAGAUGUCAUGGGGUGGGGUUGGAGAGUGGGGCUGAAAGUUCCAACCCUCUAAUCAUGCCUCAGUCUUUCUGGUGACCUGCCCCAUCCUGAAGCUAUUCAGGGGCCCCCAGCCACCAGUUAUCUUAUUAAUAUACAAAAGAUACUCCUAUCACUUCAGAGUUUUAGGAGCUGUGUGCCAGGAACCAAGGGCAAAGACCAAAUAUAUAUUUCUUACUAUAAUAUUACACUGACAUUUUAAAAAUUAGAUUGAACUAUGUGAAAAUCUCUAUAUUUGACCAUAUUUCACCUAUUUAAAAAUGGCAAUUUUGUAAGCUUCAGUCCAGCAUUUUCUUUACACUUGACCCUUGACAACAUGGGCUUGGACUGCAUGGGUCUACUUAUAUGCAGAUUUUUUUUUUUGGGCAAACAUGGAUAGAAAAUAUAGUAUUCACAGGAUGUGAAACCUGCCAGUUCAGAGAACCAACUUUUCCAUUAUGUGGGUUCUGUAGGGCUGACUGCAGGACUUGUAUGCACAGGCUUCAAUAUAUGAGGGAUGUCCUGGAACUAAUCCCAUGUGUAUACUGAGGGCUAUGAACUGUAUUUUUAUUUGAUUCUUUCUGUAAGAUAAGGCACUCUUUUGGUGUAGAGUCUCCCUUUAGUUUCAGGAUUCAUGAAUGGGGGUGAGUAGGAGGGUAGGAGUGAGUACCAAAGUAUCAAAAGAUUUUAGAUCUUUAAUUAGCAAAUAAAACUUUAUAAUGAGUUGAUAGUCUGCAAUGCUAAUGAUUGCUAAUGAUUAAGAUGUUAUGUCAUGUUUCUGUUUAUCUUUCUAGGUAAACAGAUUUUUUAUCUAUAUAUUAUAUAUAGAUCUCAUAAUUUAGAAAUCCUCUUCCAGUUUAAAAUUAUAUUCUGUGAAUCAUACUGUGCUUCAAUAGGGUAUAACCAUAUUAAAGAAACA